UUGUAUUCCUUUGGGACAACACUCCGACGGGCUCUUCACUUGAACAAAAGGCGCCCCCGAGAGAGUCGUGGUUGCUUAUUUUCUGCUACUAAGGGAGAUACGACGCGCGUCUUACAACCUGAACACUACGAACUUUAUUCUGAAUUCUGUGGACUUAGCUCUAACAUUGUAACGGUGGUCGGAGCCCGGACGCCUUGUAGUAACAACCACUGAGCGUGACGACAAAAAACUCGACAAGUGCUUCCUCAUUUUCUCUAGCUUUCUUCCAUUCUGUCGUCUGCCUCACACCAUGCUAUAAUUCGUUCUUACAACCAACGCGACAUCCCUUUACUUCUUCCAGUUUGUCACUUGUUAUUGUUGAGAAAGUACCUGGUUUGCGGCACUAAGUCAGCAAGGUGCAAACGACUUCAUCUGUGUUGGACAGGAUAUACGAUUUCUAGUUCUACUCUUGAAGCGUUGUUUCAUCAUCAAUCGCGAUUCAUCAGGGAAACAACGACCUGUCUCAUAUUUGAUUACAAAACAAGUGUACCCUUGCGGUGUAAAGCGACAACCAAGGAAAACGAAAUAGAGAAAGCUUCGCAGUCCUUGUAUUUAUCUCAUUAAUAUUGUUAUACCAAUCCACUUGGGCUUUAUGUUCGGAAUUCAAGAGUGUCUCACACGAGGUGCAACUACCCUGAAAGAAGAACCCACCGGGACACCUCACAUAGACCCAGUACGUAGCUGGAUGCAGCCCAAUACGAUGGUGGAGCAAGGUGCAAGUACUUGUGGUCUUGCACGAGCUCAUUUUGAGAAACAGCCGCCAAGUAAUCUUCGAAAAAGUAAUUUCUUCCAUUUUGUGGUAGCGUUGUAUGAUCGGGCUGGACAACCAGUUGAGAUCGAAAGGACGUCCUUUAUUGAUUUUAUAGAAAAAGACUUAGAGCCGGACAAUAAUAAGACCAAUAAUGGGAUACACUAUCGAUUGCAUCUUCUCUACAACAGCGGAGUACGUUCAGUACAAGAUAUAUACGUACGGCUGAUUGAUUCAAUGACGAAACAAGCUAUAAUAUAUGAAGGGCAGGACAAGAAUCCAGAAAUGUGUAGGGUUCUGCUUACUCAUGAAAUUAUGUGCAGCCGAUGCUGUGACAAAAAGAGUUGUGGAAACAGAAAUGAGACACCAUCAGACCCUGUGAUCAUUGACAGGAAUCAGCUUCUGUCAUGGUCCUGGCUAAUGUAUCUUAUAAGUGUAGGAUUUGUAAUAACUACAUUAAUAGUAGGCAGACCUAAUAAUACAGCGCUAGUGCAAAUAUUUAGCUCCAGUAUUGCAGUAGUUUUAUACUAUGAUUCUAUUGUAAUUUGGCAUUGUUGUUACCACAAUGCAAAUUCUAACCAUAUUCUCGGGUUAGAUUUUAGGGGUGUUUUUUUUGGAAGAAAAAAUUAGUAAUCAAACAUAAUAGGCCUACUACCAGAAAUUUUCUUGGUGUAUGAUAUUCAAAAUGGAAGUUAGUUUAAACAUACUGUAGUUAGAUUAAGCUGUGUGGUGCCAUAUUAAUCUACAUAUUGUUCAAGAAAGCUCGUUAAAAUUUUAUCUCAUUGAAAUUGUGUAUGUGAGGAUAGGCCUAGUCAUCAGAAUUAGAAUUGGCAGAUUUAAAGCAUUGCGUUACUGGCUACUGUCUAUGGUCUAUCUAUAAUCGUCAGGUUGAUAUGAUAAUAAAAGCAUGAAAGAAAAAUGUGUAAACUUUGCUUCUGACCAUAUUUCCAUGAUAAUAAUGUAAAUGUCAAUAGUGUUGUUAGUUAAAAUUGAAGCUAAAUUAUUUUUAUAAUAGUGAUGUUAUUGUUAUUGUGCUAUUUAUUUGAUACAAAUUUUAAUUGAUAAUCUUAACCUUAAAAUGAAAACAAGACAUGAUGCAAUUGCAAGCGGUGUCCCAAAACAUUGUCAGGUGUAUGAACAUUCGCCAUUAUACCAGAGGGCCAUACAUAUCUCCAAUUUCCAUUUGUAAACUUAGACAAAGAAUUCCACAGUAUUCUGUCCUCUUGUAGGCCUUUGAAACAAGCAUCUAUAUCAAAUUCUACCCUCGAAGGCAAACCGUGUUUUAUGAAAGUUUCUAUAAUGCACACCAGGACAGACUUUUGCAGGCUUGUUUUUUAGUGUGUCAAACCUGAUUCUAGUCAUUUCUUAAGGCUCUUGUACAUUGACUCCAGUGUCCUGGAAGUUGUGUUUAUGUAGUAACUA